GUUUUCUGCUUUUCGUUAAUCAAUUACUCGGUAGUAUGAUUUUACACCAUGCCAAUACUGUACCCGAUAUGACUACCUUGCAAUUGGUAAUAUAAAAACUAAGCUAAAAGAGCCUACGAAAUGCGGUAUAAUAUUUACUAGCAAUUUCUGAGACACAGAAACGUAGAAUACCUAGUAAUCGCCUUUGAAAUCCCUUGAAUCGCAACAACGACCAUUAAAACCUAGGAUGGAGCCUCUCGGGCCACAGCUCAGGAAGCAUCCUUCUAGCGAUGACUUGCUACGGGAUUUCAAAAACGAAAUUGAUUCAUCUAACCCUCCACCGGCUUAUCAAGCUACACAACACCCCUACGCUAAUACAAAUAGCAGUCUAUUAAAGCAGAAAAAAGCAUUCGAAGAUAGCAUAGGCGGUGGAUGGGAUAAACUCGCUGAUGAUAAACUCAGAGAUAGUUAUUACGACGAUUCCUUCGAUUCUCACACGCCCUACCAACCGUUAGCACCUCCGCAAGUUCAAACCCGCCCACGAUCACACACACAGUCAACGAUGCUCGACUCUAGCGCUGCGUCCGGUUUCUCUAUCGUAGUCCUCGGUUCUCAGGGUGUCGGUAAAACGACAGUCAUACGAAAGGGUUUUAGAAAAUAUGGACUCUCCUCUGCUACACUGCUUUCACCCCCUGAAAAAGGCAAAUGUCAGUCUAGACAAAGCGUGAUUGAAAUUCACGGUCAGCCAAAAAAUGCUAUCAUCUAUGAAAUUGGUUUUGCAGGUCUCAACUUCAAAUCUCCAGAGAUUUUUCCGGAAUAUGUGCAAUCUAUAGACGCCGCUAUAGUUUGUUACGAUUCAACUGAUGAGAGUUCAUUUAUUGGCAUUGUUGAACUUCUACAUAGACUCUCGGAGAUGGGCUUACCUAGAGUUGUAUUAGCCACAAAAUCUGGUGAAGUGUUCCCGGGAAAGCCGACGAUUAAUCCCAACACAGUGGUUAGUAUAAUAAGACAAUUGGACACUGGCUUGAUUGAAACAAAUGCUCUCUCAACAGAUGGAAGAAGACGCAUGCGCGGUGCGUUCGAUUGGAUAUUCAGAAAUAUUCGUAAACAACGUAAAGAAGUCAGAGAUAGAGGUCUAUCUAAUUCUUCUGCAUACUCAGCUGUUCCUCAUCAGUUCACUCAAAUACCACUAUCUCCUGAAGAACAAUCUCCGGAGCAACUUCAAGGUGCAAAGCUUAUACCACCAGGAGUACACAAUGAUACCUUAAGAAUGAGCGUAAGCAGCGCUGAAUGUGAUGCUAUCAUGAGUGAAGCUACAAGAGGUUUGGUUGAUGUUAACUCGCCUACGUACUCCACCUUCAAUGGAUUUUCUAAUCAUUUAUAUGAUACUUUCAGUGAUAGCGAUAUUGAUGAGAAGGCAACUGAAGUUAAUUACGGACGUCCUUCUCUGUUGCGUAAUUUUACUAAUGAUAACGAUAACUCUCGUUUCGUAACCCUUCACGACCUCCUCAACAAACUCAUUUUUGCUGCCGUUUCUGGUAAUGAUCAGGAGUUUGUUAAGUCUUUUUUCAGUACAUAUAGGAAAUUUACAAGGGCUUAUGUGGUACUACAAGCAAUGCUAACUCGUUUUGAUGAAGUUUCUAGAGAUUGUGACAGUGUUUUAGUCACAUUCACUCAAUCGCGUUUACUCACACUUCUCGACAGAUGGAUUCGACAUUACCCAGGGGACCUAUUGUCACCACUCCAUCGUCAUCUUAUACAGGAAUUCUUCCAACGCGCCACUUCAAAUAUUAAUGUCAUACAUUAUGCGCCAAUUUUGAAAGCACAUUUAGAUCGUCCAAGAGCAACCUAUGACCCCGAAUUUAAAUGGUCAGCUGAUGAAGAUGACUACGAAAAGGAAUUUCAAAUGAAAGUCAACCAGUCUGAGAUCCAGUUUGAAGAUUCUGACUUACCACUUGCACUUUCAUUCAAACGUAAAUCAAAUGACGCGGGCGUGAUCGUACCUGAUGGUUCAAGCGAAGGGAAAACUUCACGUAGAGGUUCAUCUGCCUUUAGAACUUGGACUUCUAGACAAAGAUCUGAUAGUGAUGCUAGCAAGGUAACGACAUCUAGCAAUAACGGCCCUGCAUCUUUAUCAUCAAAUUCAUCCACUGGUGUACCAUCACAGCGCCGUAGAACAAUAGAAAAGAUUGCUCUUGCGAUACUUGAUCCAGUAUUACCAUUGAAACCAGUUGAGAUGGCACAUGAAUUGACCAGAAUUGAAUGGAAAUUGUUCUUGAACAUCAACGAUAGAGACCUUCUAAGACAUGCUCUACUUACUAGUAAAGAUAGGGAUGAAGAUUCAAUUGAUGUGCAAAUUAGACAUUUCAAUUACCUUACUCUAUGGGUUGCUAACUUGGUCCUCUCACAGACCAAACCUAAGAGCAGACUGAAGGUUGUCGAAUUUAUGGUAAAUAUGGCAGAAGAGUUGCGUAACAUCAACAAUUAUCAUACUAUGCACGCUGUGUUAUCAGCUUUUGAUGUUCAUUCUAUUUUUAGAUUGAUGAACAACAGAGUAAUUGAUCUGGAAUCAAACGAAGAGUUGUUUAUGAAAUUCAAAAAGUUAAAACUGAUCUUCACUUCUGAUCGUAGUUCUGCUACCUACAGAGAAGUACUGCGCAACACCCCAUGUCCAUCCAUACCAUACUUGGGUGUACACUUACAGGAUAUUUUAGCAAGUGAUACUGCUAACGUAAAUAUAAAGAAGGGACCAAACGGUGAAAACUUAAUUCACUGGUCUAAAUUUGCUUUAAUGGGUGAAGCAUGCAAACAAAUAAUGAAACGCCAAAAAUAUCAACAUGACUUUACGUAUAACGCUAAAGCGAAUGAACUCAUUAUGGAUAUAACAUUACUAGAUGAAGAUGAAUUAUUCCAACGUUCAAAGCACCUUGAACAAAUACACAGGUCAAGUUAUGGCGGCCCUGGUCAAGCAAUGAUCAGUGCAUCCGCAUCAACCUUUAAAGAAAGUCUUAAAAGUGCAUCGAGUUGGAGCAAUAACAUCAGUAAUCCUGAAAAUAAUGGUAGUAAUGACAAGAAAUUUCUAAAAUUAGUCAGAACGGCAAUAUCAAGUUCUGCAAAUUAAAACUAACGUAAAAUCUUAUUCAAAAUGCAAACGACAUUAACGUCUUUUUCGGUAAGACCAGACGUUUUUCAAUGGAAUGAACAGUAAAUAUUUCUCAUUUUCUUAUGAUUCACGAUAUGUAUUGUAUACCAAAUAAAUUAUACCCUAUAGA